GUGGGUGGGGGCUCUCUGGCAGGAGGGUCCCUCCGUCUGCAUUAGUCGGUCUUCGUCCUCGGGUCCCUUAGCCUGGCUGUUCUCCUGCAUACCAGGACUGACCCUCUCCAGGCCCGCAGCAGACUGAGCGAGUGUGUGUAGGAGUGUGUCGGAGAUGGAGAAGAGAGGAGAUGUCAUGUUGGGGGUCGAGGAUGAGUCCGGUCAGCCGGUGUCGGCCCUGUCCAUCCUGUCCUUGCUGGAACGCGUCUCCACCAUCAUCGACGGAGUGCAGGCCAGCCAGCAGCGCAUGGAAGAGCGCCAGCAGCAGCUCGAGACAUCGGUUGCUGCUGUCCAAUCAGAGCUUGUAAAGCUGGCCCAGGACCAUGGGACCACAGCUACUACUGUGGACAAGCUCUUGCAGAAAGCCCGGCGCGUGAGUGCCCACGUGAAGGAGGUGCGUUCCCGUGUGGAGAAACAGAAUGUCCGCGUGAAGAAAGUCGAGACCACGCAGGAUGAGCUUCUCACCAGAAACAAGUUCAGAGUGGUCAUCUACCAGGGUGAAACUGAAGUUCCGUCUGUUGCUGUGACAAAAACCCCUAAAGGGGCAGGGCUAGCCAAUGUAGAGGUGGAGCCUGAUGAGUAUGAGAUCCCCGCAGAUCUUUCUUCUGAUGAGGAAUACAUGGUGGUGGAGGAGACGGAGUCUACGCGGGGGGCACGUCUCAAACAGUCCGGUCUGAAAGGGAUCGAGAAUAUUAAAGCGGCCUUCUCCAAGGAGAGCAUGAAUAAGACCCGAGAGAGAACCCGCGAGAACCUCAGCAAGACCAAAGAGAGCCUGAGCAAGACGGGCCAGACGCUGGGCACCAAGAUCAACACCCUGGGGGACAAGAUCAUUCCCCCCGAGCAGAGGGAGAAGAUGCGGCAGAGCGGCGAGAGGCUGAAGGACAACAUCGCUAAGAAAGCUCCCAGCAUCAAACUCAAAAAGGAACGAGCUGUUGCCGAGGGCCAGGAGGGGGCGGAGGCUGCCGUGACCCCGCCCAAAGGCCGCAAGUCCAGCGCUGAGGUCACCUACACAGAGGUGGUCACCGAGGGCAAACGAGAGGGUCCCGUAUCUGAAGAAGGGGCUACCCGUAUUCCAGAGGAGUAGCCAAUCAGGUUCACUGUGGAAACGGCACUGGAGUGAAGAACAUGGCAGAGAGGGAUUAUGGGAAAUGCAGAGAGCAAUUUUUAUGAAUGGAAAUGUGACAGAGGUUAUAAACACGAGAGAGUUAGAGCUUGAAUGUGUGAGUGUAUGGAUGUAAUAACUCAAUUCACAAGAAAUAACAUGGUCAAGACCACUCGGCCAAAAAUCUCAGAACUCAAUCAGUACAGAUGCAGAAGUGAAAAUGAGGCAGUGAAGCAGUGAGUCAGUAAGGCAGUGAGGCAGUGAGCACUGCAAAGAUCAUGGUUCUUUUCCCCACUUUAUUAAAAAAUAUAUAUAUUAAAAUAAAGCACUACAUUUUUAUUAUCUCCCUUAAUUAAACAUGCUCAAUCUUAUCAACAUCUUUAUUAAAGAGUGAAACACUGAACUGUAGAAGUCUGCAGAAGACAUUGUAAGAAGGCAAUUGUUUUUGCAGAAUCUGAUUGGUGUAUGUCUGUAUGAAAGUUACUUCAGCAGUGUGGAGAAAAUGUGUAUUUGCCAUUUUUUUAGACCCUCUACUUGUCAUAAAUAAAAUGCACAGAAAUAUAUUUUGUGAAGUAACUAAGUCACUUAAAUAUUAUAUAAAAUAACUACAUUAAAAAGAGAGUUAUUAUAUAUUUUCGCUCUUUGUGUCUCUGAUUUUCCCUGUUUUGUGUGUCAAAAUGAAAUGUACACUCAAUGACAAAAAGAAAUAAUAAUAUGGCUCCCCAGAUUGUGGAAAAACUCGGCUAGUGUACCUCUUGGUGAGAGAUUAUUAACUGUUAAGUAUGCUGUUGACAGACUUUGAGAGGUGAAACCGUAUCAUGUUUCAUGUAUGGAAUGUGAAAACAGUCAUGUUUGAGUAUGAAGGCCUGAUGGUAAAUACUUUAGUUCUGGUUUUGCUGUGGAGCGACACAUUGCCCACACUGUUGGUGGGGUGAUAUUGGGAGCCAUUGAAUACAACAGUCAGUCACGCCUAGUAGUGAAGCAUUAUGUGCAGAACAUCUGGCACGUUCCAGCAGGAUAAUGCUCAUCCACAAACUGCAAGGGUGUCCCAUGUAUGUCUUCACCAAAUUGCAACAUGUCCUUGGUCUGCACGGUUGCCAGAUUUUUCCAGUCAAGCAUUUAUGGGACUAACUGAGACACCAGCUUCCGCAACCCACAGUAUGAGUGUGCAAGAUCUACACACCCAGCUACAACAUCUGUUGGCAAAUAUGCCACAAGAUGCCAUAUGGAAUCUGUACGCCUCCGAACGACAACUUUCACUUUCUCAAUAAACUUAUCCUUUUACUCUAAUAUUUUAAUCACCUACAUAUACAGUAUCAUCAUUACAUUCACACAUACAGUAUGAAGCUUCAUUCUAUUCCAACAACUCUUUCUUGGUGCGUUAUUAUUAUUAUUAUUAUUAUUAUUAUCAUUAUUUUUGUCAAUGAGUGUAUUUGUCGUCCUCAAUAUAAGUCAUACACAGACCAAACAUGUAUGUAAAUGGGAGAGAAAUGAGAAAUGGAAUGACUCAUUUUUAUUAUUUCAGCAUAGUUAAAUGGUUAAGAAUGAAAAACAGUAAGAUAAAGCCAACAUGAGCUUACGUGUGCCACUCCUAUUGUUAUAAAAAUGUCCUGUCUUAUCAUUUGCCAAAUUAGUGCAGAUGCUAAAUAUGUCUGGGCAACUAAUGAGCGCCAAAAGCUCAACAACAAGAUGAUCAAGGAACAGCUGAAAUAUUUUUUCCUGACAUUUUAAGCUUUGAGAAGUUAUACUGACUUUACCACAGAAAAAUCUGUAACUUUUUAAAAGUAAAUUAAAAAUAAACUUUGCCCAAUUAAAACCUCCACUUAAACCUUAAAAGGCAGUGUAUACAUAUAGCAGAUAAACUGCGUUACUGUGUGUGUGUGUGUGUUUGUGUGUAUCUGACAUGUCUGCUAAAAAAAGAUUACUUGAAAUAAAUAUGAACAGCUGA